AUGUCGCUGAAUGGACUAGACUCCCCACAACUAACAGAGGCUUUUGAGAAGGCAUGUGCUGAGCCCGGCGGAUGGUACGUUUGUUCUUUUUCACCUGUCUAGAUCCGCUAUAUGUUGGUUAGGAGCGGCUUUGGAUUUCUUUGACUCUGCAUGCUUUACUCACACAAGUCCUCCCUCUGGUAGGUUCUGGAUCAAAUACGCUUCGCGGGAUGAUGUCGAAUUCCUAUGUCGUGGGAGCAACGGGUCGGAGGGGAUGAGAGCAGCUGCUUCAAAGGAACCUGACAAUUCGCCACUGUACGGCUUCAUACGGUUCAGACGGAGAAAUCUUUUAAUCAAGUACAUUCCCGAAGAAACAUCAAGGGUGCUAAGGGGUGAGUUUUGUCCCAAGUAAUGGCGUGUUGAUCUCGGUAUCAAUAAUUUUGAUUUGGCCGCACAGCUCGAUCGACAGUGCACUUCCAAUCUAUUGUGGAACGGUUCAACCCGCACGACACUGAAAUUACAAUUACUUGUCCCAAGGAGCUUCGUGACAAUGCACUGACCUCAGCAUGUUCUACCCAUACCGCCACUACCUCCAUUUCCUCCUCCAAUAGCUCUGUCCGGCAACGUCGAUUAACUGACAUAGCCGAAUCCGCCGACGAGGGGGAACCAUUAAAAGCAGCAAGCAGCCCCGGGUCACUGGCACCAUCAGAGAAGACGGAUGAGAAGGGGGACAGCGAUCAAGGGUUAGCCGUGGUCAUAACAACUCAUGGUCCUAAUUCACCGGACGGGGGCCGUGGAUCACCCGUGUUUCUUGACGAGGACGGAGACCGUUUCAUUUCUCUGCGACCCCCUACCUUCCCUGGCGGCGAAGAGCUCAGACGAAAGUCAACCAACUCGAUAAGACCCUCUCCUACCGAUUUUUAUGGGUAUCCGUACACGCCAAAAGUUAGACUCGGCCCUCGCCCACACAUUGAGUCGCAGAAAAGGCCCCAUACUUCCAGUGAGAGAUCGAAGACUUUUUCUGGCCCAGGGGAGGAAGUCCGGCCGGUAGCGUCAGUACCGAAAUCCGUUCAAAUCGCACCAAGAAAGUCUAGCGCCUCGUCAGUCAGAACCAAGCCAUUGAGCUCCGAAUCCGCGAAAUACAUUCCCAUUUCACCAGCCCCAGUCAUCCCGCAACAUCUCCCGUCUCCAGUAGCACCACCCCUAGCAACAACCCUUCCGCCUCCGUCACCGCCACGGCCCGAGGGUCCACCCGUUCUGAGCCCCGAAAAACAGCGGUUGAUGAGAGCGUUGCAACUCCGCAGACAAACAAUGGUACCCGAAGUGAAAGAACAAGUCAAACCCGAUGACGCACCACUGGAAGAUUCAAUAGUAAAUGUCAAGGAAAAGGACGAAGCGAAAUCCAUCGAAAGCGAGUUCGAGGAGGACACCGCUUCCAGUGAAUCAACAACUGAACCAGAACCUGUUGAGUCUUCACAAGAAUCAAUUCAGGAUCCCGAGGAGAAGUCAGACGCCGGCACUGAUCCGGGGGGAAUUGACAUUGACACGGGGGCAGAGGAACAGGGAUCCGGACCAACAGAAGCCGAAAACACGGAACAUCACCACACUCACUUGUCUGAAGGGGCAACACCGGUGGCUGAAGAGCAGCAAGCCGAGAGUACGAAAGUCCGAGGAGAACCCGAGUCCGAUGCCGAAACAGAUUCUGACCAGUCGGUGGAAGUGUCUAUAGCAGAAUCGAGGUCAAUCUCUGUGAAACCCGUACAACAGCCCCUUCCGAAUGUCGUCAAGAGUAUCUACCACACCACCCAGCCAACACCCAAACCCACUUCCCCGGUGGUGGCUCCGAGCCAAACCGUUCCUAGGGUCCUCAAGAGAGCCGAGCGGCCUCAACCCGAGCGGGUACCUCCCACAGAAAUUCCUAUCAUUGAGACUGCUAGAUCUGUCUCUGCUCCGUUUCUCAAGAGCGCGCGUGAAACAACCAAGCCUGCCGUAGUGCGCAAGGUCAAUGUCGGUGGUGGCGGAAGCGUCCUCCAGCGAAUUCGACAGCUAGAAAUGCUGUCGGUGAGCGAGGCUGCAACUGCGACUCCCCCAGUCUCUCCUCCAAGGACUCGAAAUACUUCCCCCACUCCAAAUUUUCCGCCACGCCCGUCUAGUGUACACAGCAACCCUCCCGUCCGCGCAUUUUCAAACCCCGCUCCUCAAUAUCGUGCGCCCACCUCAUAUAUUUCGCCUACUAGGAUUCAAGCGCCACCUGUUCCCGAAUCCCCCCCUCAGGAUGCCGCACCUCCUAUUCCACUAAAGCUACACCCUCCACCCAAGAUAGAGAUCAUUGAACGAAACAACCGGCCAGAGCUACAGGUUACGACAACCAUCACUAGAGAUGAGAGUCCUGUCGCACUCUCCUCAUCUAACCCGGGGAAAGUGGUGGAUAGUCCUCGCAAUAGUCCUAAGGAACAGGAUCACUCUUCGCCGUUUCUGGCCCCCAGCCCAUCACGUCGAAGCAGCAUUGAUAUUGUAUUUAUACAUUCACAAAACUCUUCUCGCCGGCCGAGCGUUGACAGGCCCACUCCAUCAAGAUCUCCGAGCUCAAAGGACUUGAAGAAUUUGCCAGAAGGCCGCCCUAGCUCUACCUCUAGCAAGAAGAGCAAAGGUGCGAAGAGUCGACGGGGUUCCUCUGGCUCUUUAGGAUCCAGUCACCGACCUAAUAAGUCCCCAACUACUCCUAAAUCGCCCAAACCGUCGAGUGGGUUUUUGAGGAGGAUGAGCUCAUCUCUGUCUAAGAAGACCAAGGAGGUGGCUGCUGAAGUCAUAUCGGCUACCGCACCGACGCCAGCCCCGGCACCAGUUACUGUGCCAGCUAAAUUAGCUCGCAAGACUUGUCUCUUGGCUGGGUGGAUCAACGUUCAGUUACCUGAUACGAUGGUAUGUUUCCUUAUAGAUACUUUUAGCUAGAAUGGAGAGCUAAUUUGUUACCGCUAAUUAGCUGUGGAGACGACGGUGUGUGAAAAUAUAUUCCGAUGGAUGGCUUUUCCUCUCUCCGACGGAUGACGAGGUAUGUUUCUAUCCUCAGUUCCAUGGUGCCUCCUCCUAACACUUCAUAGAAUUCACCUCAAACUAGAAAAUAUCACAUGCCCAGUGAGAUCCGUACAGUCGACCUGCCGAAUGUGGAUGAGCAAGAGCUCCCUCACAGUGUUAGACUCUUCCUAAAGGAGGGCGGGACACUCCAGUGCGCUUGCCAAAACAGCAGUGAGCAGAAGGAGAUCUUAGGAGGUAUGUUCCUACAAAUCGCGAUCUGCUGUUGA